UUGAACACACAACAUAAGAGUCAAUCUGGUGGGUUAAUUUGAGAGAUGGAAAACUUUAAGAUUUGUGCUUUUGGUGUGGUUUUCUCUUUGUUUCUUUCUUUUCAAUUUCCCGAUCACUUUGGAGUUGGGGCAGCAAAUGUUGAAACAUCCCCAAAUGGAUUAGAAGCUUGGGGUUUUAUUGACGUUAGACCAGGUGCACACAUGUUUUGGUGGCUGCUCAAAAGUCAAAAUAGAGUCAACGACCCAAACAAGCCAUGGCCAAUUAUUCUUUGGUUGCACGGUGGACCAGGAGCUUCUGGAACUGGAAUUGGCAAUUUUCUAGAGAUUGGACCUUUUGAUGCCAAUCUGAUGCCAAGAAAUUCAACAUGGUUGAAAAAAGCUGAUCUACUAUUUGUGGAUUCUCCGGUUGGAGUUGGAUAUAGUUAUGUGGACGACAUUGGACUAUUGACCAAGACCGAUUCACAAGCAGUAUCUGACUUGACCACUUUAUUGAGAGAAGUUUUCAGGAGUAACGUGACUAAUUUAGCAAAUAGGACCUUGUACAUAAUAGGAGAGUCUUAUGGAGCAAGGUUAGCUGUUUCUCUUGGAUUGUCAAUCCUUAAUGCAACUCAGGCGAAAAGUUUGCCGGUCCAACUCAAGGGAGUGACAUUAGGUAGUAGUUGGAUAUCGCCUGAAGAUUCUGUGCUUUCAUCGGGUCCUCUGCUGCAAACUUUCUCAAGAAUUGAUGAAAUUGGCCUGGAAAAAGUUAACAGUAUGGCUAAUCAAAUCAAGGAGAAAAUUGGUGAAAGCAACUUUGCAGGGGCAGCUGACUUAUAUAUGCCACUUCAAGAUGUCAUACGUAACAACAGCAACUCAGUGGAUAUAUAUAACCUUUUGCGAGAUUCUAUGGACUCCACGGUAUCUACUACUGCCUUAAUAUUUCUCAACAACACAAUGAAUGGAGCGAUCAAGAAAAAGUUACGACUCCCUAACAAUAUUUCGUGGGUAGGGGCGUCUGUUCCUGUUUUUAGUAAUAUGUCAACCGACUUCAUGAAACCAAGAAUCGACGAG